GCGUCUUGAACCUUUAUCACCCAACGUCAACACAAACACUAUUUAGGGCUCUAUAUACUAGUGAUUAUGUAUUUUACCAAUAAAUAACACUAGGUACACCCUAGUAUGAAGCUAACAGUGACAUAAAAUUUAUGGAGAACUCUGUUGAAAAGAGCAAGUCAAGAUGCAGAGGGUGAGGAUCAGCCUUCCAUGGUUCUCUCCAUGGAUGUUGGGGCAAAAUUUAAUUAAUCCAGAAUCUCACUGUUGGAUGGCAUAUCUUCCAAGGCUCCAUUAUCAACAGCUUCAUUGCAUUCACCAACAUUAUUUUUCAUCUAUCAGAUUCCUCCACAUCCUUCCUGCUACUCAUCUGCUGAGAUUUCCUAAGACAUUUCUUCUUCAUGGACACGUAGUCCCUCCUAAGAUACGAAGUCAUACAAGAUCUCUUAGUCAUACUAGUGAUGAUGAUGAUGAUUCUGGCAUCGUUAGUGAUUCCGAAUUUGAUGUUAAGAGCUUUGAUAGAGGCAGAGUAUUAAACAACGAAAAGCUUAAAUGUCUGAGAGUUAAUUUGUACCCAAAUUCCAGUGAUCCAGUUUUGAAAGAAAUAAACGAAGCCAGUAGUGUUCAGGAAGUGUUUGAUGUGGUUGAAAAAGGCAGAGAAUAUUUAACAGCAGAACAAUCAAGUCAGGCUAUUGUUACCUUAUGGGAUCUUCAAAAGAUUUAUGGAAAAUAUGGCAUGCAUUGCUCCUCUGUUACAAAUUCUCAACUAAAUUAUUUCAUAGAAAAAAUUGUGAACCAUUCUUCAUUUAAAAAGUUAUUAGUAAGCUUAGAAAAUGUCUGUGAAGAUUUAAGUAAUACUGGAAUUUCUUGUAUGCUUUUGUAUUUAAGUAAAUUAGGAUUGAGGACUGAUACAACUCUUAUGGAAAAACUGUCAGUAUUGUGUUUGGAGAGACUAGAUGGCUUUAGCUUAAAUGCACUCUCAAGACUUACUGUAUAUCUUCGUGAUCAAGGCAUUAAAGCUUAUUUUAUGCAGUCAAAGAUAUUACCUCUCAUGGCAGAUAAACUCAAAAAUUUCUCAACACUUGAUGAAUUACAUUUGAUAACCAUAUGUUUUUAUAAUACCAGGAGGCUUAUUACAGCCCCUUUAAUUGAUGAAUAUAGAAAAAUGAUUGAGAAACACUUAGAAGAAGGUUUUUUUGAAGCUAAUCAACCUAAAGUAAUAUUGAAAAUUGUAAGUCUUCUUAACUACAUGGAAUGGUCACCAAAGUAUAGGUUACUGUGCCAUCGCAUAUUGUUGCAUACAAUAGAUAAAGUGCACUUACUUAGUGUUGCACAAGUCAUGGAUUUAACUAUUUAUUUCCAGAACUUUUUUGAGCCACGGGAAUUGUUCAUCAAGAUUCAUCAUUAUUCUUUAUCACAGUUUGAAAUUUCUAAAGAUACUAGUGACCCUGAACUCUUAUGUUUAGCUCCUCUUAGUUCAACAAGAACAAAGAAAUACUUUGAAGAGUUAGUUGCUGAGCAUCUUGAUAAUUCAGAUCUUCAUGAUUAUAUUGGAAUAAUUUUCAGGGUUUUGAGAUAUUUCAAAAUAUCAGAUAAAAGGAUUUGCAAUGAUUUUUGGAUUAAUUCUUUGAAUGCUGUUGAGAAAGAGAUUGAAAAUGCUUCCAGUUCUUACCUUGGCCUUAAAGAGCUCUUGCGCAGAAAGGUAUACCGGAGAUACAUGUACUUCAAUAAUAAUCUUGGUGGAACAUACAGAAAUUUUCAUCUGGAAAAUAUUAUGUCGUCAUUGCUUCUCAAGGAUGUGCGCAGUCAGACUGGACUUAUACCAAGCAAGCUGGCCAGUAUGGUAUCAUUUCUGAUUGCCUAUAAUAAAAGUAAGGGAUUACCAGAAGAUGUUGUAGGGAAAAUUCUUGAAUGUGGACCGCAGUUUUCUAUCAGUGACACCUUAAAUUUAUCCCGGGGUAUCCAGAUUGCAUUGGCUUUAAAUCCAAAGACCACUCAAAGGAGAGUGAUAGAGCAAAUUACAGCAGUAUGUCGCUUGCUGGAUGUCUGUGCAGAACAACAUUUAAAGACUGCAGAGUCAUUAUUAGAUGUCACAAGCAUUACCCGGGCUUACUUGAAUCGCCAUGGAUCUCCCAGAACAUUUCUGUUUGAUAAAAUCGUCAGUGCUCACAUCCCUGCUCUUCAUGAAUUAAAUUCCCGUCGUGUGAGGGACAUUUGCCAUUGUUUUCUUAUCACCAAGUAUUUGGCACCAAAGGUACUGGAUGCUCUGGCACAAUAUAUAGAGGAUAACCGAGAGUAUAUCCUGCCUGAUAUAAUGCAGCAUGUUCUCGACUGCUUUUAUACUCUGGGUCAUUAUCCUGUAGCUGGAGACCAAUUCUUCUCAAUAUGCACUGACAUCUACCUUAAGAGAGAGAACCUUCACAUGAAAGGUUUGAAUACUCUGCAGAUGAGUUUGGCUUUGAAUAUGUAUGGCCACUUGACUUCCAAUCUAAUUCAUGAUAUAUUCAAUAUCACUUUCUUGGAUCAGCUGGAUGAUGAAAUAUCAGAAUGUUAUUCAAAGGCUAAGUAUCCUGCACGUGUGCGUCACAUGCUCAUGGAGUUAAAUCGUGCUGUUUGUAUUGACCAUCCUGAGGAAAAAAUUCCAUGGUUUCAUGAAAAAUACUGUGAAGAACUGUUUCAAACACUUACAGUACCCAAUAAUGCUUUCAACACUGAGGUUCAUCAGGUGCUCUCUCAGGUGAUUGGGGGCCCAGAGGUGCUGAGAAGCAAUACCAGAACUCAUUAUUAUUAUCUUUUGGGUAUGUUAUUUUAAUUAUGAUAUUGUAAUACAAUUUAUGAUGUAAACUAUAAGAACAUUAGACAGUAUUGUAUAGGUAGUGAUAUGUCAUGAAAAAAUUGCUAGGGUAAGCAAAUGAUACUUAAACUUUUUGGUAAAACUGAAGUAUGAAUGUUAUUAAGUAUUAUAUUCUAUAGUACUGGGGUUACAAUCUUUCCUCCGUAGGCCAUGUGUGUUGUGGGGAGGGGGAGUGACUAAAAUACCAGGAGCAAGGGGCUAGUAACCCCUUCUCCUGUAUAAAUUACUAAAUUUAAAAAAAAAAACUUUCGUUUUUCAUUUUGGGCCACCCUACCUCGGUGGGAUAUGGCCAGUGUGUUGAAAGAAGAAGAAGAAAAAGAAGAUCGUUUGUUUUUCUUUUAAGGUUACCCUGCCUUAGUGGGAAACAACCAAUGUGUUGAAAAAAAAAUUGUUUUCAUUGAUUCAUAGCUCACUGGAAUUCUUGAUUUUUAAGGAAAUGACCAGUAACCUUGUCAUAAAUUUCUUGCUUGCUCUAGGUAUUCUGUAAUGAUUCAUUUUCAAGUAAUAGAAAGGCAAAGCUUUGCAGUCUGUUUUGACUAAGAAUUUCUGCAGUAUGUUUUAAUUUGUUUUAGAGCAGAGAUGAAGAUUGAGACAUUUAUGCAACAUAUGGGAAUAUUUAUUCAGGAAACGUUUCGCCACACAGUGGCUUCAUCAGUCCAAUACAAAGUAG